AGCAAGAUUACUAAGCAUUAAAGUCUGCAUUUUGUAGUUACUGUCUACCAACUUAUGCUAAGUCUUUUGCUACCUGAUAGUAUUGCCGAGUUGUGCAGACAUUGUUUAAAAGUAUCUGUAUAGUGCUGAGUUGGUUUUCUGCCUGGGAAAUGUCCAUGGGAUACCAAGGAGAUACUUAGGAGAUUGUAACGCUGUGAACUGGGAAGAUUCUUCUGAAGGAAACUGCCAUUCCACAACAUGUCCUUACAUGAAGAAUAAUGUCACAGAGACGGUUCUGGAUUGAGCAACUUCUUCACAGCAAGAAGAAUGCUUGCAAAAGAGCGUCUUGGAAAGGGAGUAAUAAUAAUAAAAGAGAAACGGACCCAAGCACCAACUUGCUGCCAAGGGCUGUAAUACAAUAUCUCAGCAUUUCAAGGGUAAAUCGGUGUGAACUGCGUUUGCCGUCCCUCUGAAAAAAAGUACAACAAGUGAUAAGCGAUGUGCACUGCUCUGAGCCCGAAGGCACGUGGGCCUGGCCUCUCCGAUAUGCAUCAAUACAGUCAGUGGCUUGCAAGUAGACAUGAGGCCAACUUGUUGCCGAUGAAAGAGGAUUUGGCCCUGUGGCUCACAAACCUACUGGGUAGAGAAAUAACAGCAGAAACCUUUAUGGAGAAAUUGGAUAAUGGUGCCUUGCUUUGUCGGUUAGCUGAGACCCUGCAGGAGAAAUUUAAAGAAAACAGCUUUGAUGCAAACAAGCCUGGCAAAACCUUACCAGUACGAAAGAUUCCAUGCAAAGCCAAUGCUCCUUCAGGGUCUUUUUUUGCACGGGACAACACAGCAAAUUUCUUAUCCUGGUGCAGAGAUGUAGGGGUGGAUGAUACCUGCCUGUUUGAGUCAGAAGGUUUGGUUCUCCACAAGCAGCCAAGAGAAGUGUGCCUUUGUUUGCUGGAACUUGGAAGGAUUGCAGCAAGGUUUGGGGUGGAGCCUCCUGGAUUAAUAAAGUUGGAAAAAGAGAUUGAACAAGAGGAAACACUUUCAGCCCCCCUUCCGUCUCCUUCACCAUCACCAACAAAGUCUCCUGGGAAAAAGAGCACAGGGAAACUGUUGGAUGAUGCUGUUAAACACAUUUCUGAAGAUCCACCUUGUAAAUGCCCUAAUAAGUUCUGUGUGGAGCGUCUUUCACAAGGAAGAUACAGAGUUGGAGAGAAGAUCCUCUUUAUUAGGAUGCUGCACAACAAACAUGUGAUGGUUCGUGUUGGAGGCGGAUGGGAGACUUUUGCAGGUUACUUACUGAAGCAUGACCCGUGCCGAAUGUUGCAGAUCUCCCGCGUGGAUGGGAAAACUUCUCCGGUCCAGAGCAAGUCUCCAACCCUCAGGGACAUGAAUCCAGAUAAUUACCUGGUGGUUUCUGCCCAUUACAAAACCAAGAAGGAGAUUAAGUGAAAUAAGCUUCUCAUGUGAUUGGGACUCUAUGUACGUAGGUCCAACUUAUUUUCUCAAGUGUAGUAAAUUUAGUUUCUGCUUUAAAAGGACUUCGGAAAAUUUAAGACAGACUGGAAAUGGCAACCCGUUUUGAAGAUCUUUGAAUUGUAGAACUAUUUAUUUCUAGUACUGUAUCUUUUAUAGCAAAUUACCCUCGAUAGGCUAAUUACUACAAUCAGAUAAGAAAUAGACAUAUAUUUUUAGCCAAAUUAUUACUCUUUAAUAUGUGAAUGUAUACUUAGAGUUACAUAAAGGAGUGGAUCCUGUUAAUGGAAGAAAAUACACAACACAAUAUAUUUGUAUGAAAAUCUUAUUACAUUGAAUCCUUGACUGUUAGGCUAGUUGAAAAAUAUAUAUGCAGGUGGAAAAUGAAUAUUUGUGGAAAUUAUUCCGUAAUGCCUCUUGAAAUGAAAUAAAAAUUGACUAUUUUUAUGGGUUGCAAGAUUUUCUUAACCAGUAGAAUAUAAAGACUUAUUGCAUGCCAAACGACUUCCCAAAGCGAUUACUCUGAAUAAAAAAAAAAAGCCCAAGAAAACAACCCCCACACCUUCUACUCUUUGAAGCUAAAGACAAUGCUCAGUGCUAGAUCUGUACAUAGAUCCUUCCUGUUUUUCACAAAGUUGCCCGAUAUAGAAGCACGGGGAAGUUGAGAGGUUGCCCCUUCCUCUGUCAGACAAUACAGACGUACUAGCAGGGUGAUGUACUGCAGCCCACGAAGGGAAGCAGUAAAAGAUGCACAGCCCUUUGACCCAAGGAGGAGCUUCAGAAGAUGCUAGUCCCUCCUGAGUCACGAACCACUACACUGCUCUUGGAGCCGAGCUUUUCCUUCCCCUUAUUUUUAAUUUUGUUGGUCAUGUCAAAUGUGAAAUAUUCAUUACCCUGUCAGUAGAGUGAUUCACGUUCUUGUAAAUCAUUCAUACACCUCUAAAAUAGCUAAAGGCAUAUGGGGGCUUAGUUCAUUAUUUUGGCUACUUUUCUAUGUUUAUAUUUGGUAAUUUAUGUGCCUUGUAACGUCCUAGAAAAAUCAUUUUAUAGGAUUAUUUCACUGACUGUAUAAAUUUGAGCAGAACUCAGUUGUUUCAUUACAAAUGAAAUAAAAUUUUUUAAAAUACUCAUA